AUGGGCCUCCGGUUCUGGCAAACGUCUAACAAGGCGGCGCCUAGUCCAGACACUGUAUACGCAUCCGACAGUUCGUCGGACAUUGUGUAUGACGGCGACCUCGCCUUUACUCGUGUCAAGGGAGGAAAUGGCUCGGAAGCCACCUAUCAAGAAGCUGUUGGUGCGCCAGUUGAGAGAAACUCCCCAUUAGGAUAUCAUGUAGGAUGGGCAACAAUCAUCUUUCUCAAUGUCAACCAAAUGAUUGGCACGGGAAUUUUUUCAACACCCGGGAAUAUACUCAAGGCAACCGGUUCUGUCGGGCUGGCUCUGAUAUACUGGGCUAUCGGUGCCGUUAUGGCUAUAGCUGGCUUUGGAACAUAUCUCGAACUGGCCAGUUACUUUCCUAAUCGCAGCGGGUCCGAAGUGGUUUAUCUUGAGCAAGCGUAUCCUCGACCAAAAUACUUCUUUCCCAUCGCAUAUGCGGUGCAGUCUGUCAUUCUGUCAUUCAGCAGCAGUAAUGCCAUCGUCUUGUCACGAUAUUUGUGGCGAAUUGCAGGAAAGACACCUUCUGACUGGCAGAUGAAAGGGGUUGCUAUUGCUGCAUACACGCUUGCCGUAAUUUGCGUCGUUGCACACAACAAGUACUCCCUCUGGGCUGUCAACAUACUGGGUGUUUUGAAGAUUAUUACUCUUGUAUUCAUCAGUAUCACAGGACUGGUAGUCCUUGGCGGCAAUGUAUCUCGAGUUCCACAUCCUGGCGACAACUUCAGCAACGCCUUUGAGGGCACAACAAACAACGGCAACGACUUAUCCACAGCACUUGUCAGCAUCGUGUUUGCCUAUACUGGCUUCUCCAAUGCCUUUAAUGUGGUCAAUGAGAUUAAGAACCCUAUUCCGUCAAUCAAGAAGCAUGGCUUCAUAUCGGUUGUGAUCGUGGCGGUCCUAUACAUGCUCUGCAACAUUGCCUACUUUGCAGCAGUGGACAAGGUCCAAUUCGGAAAGUCCAAGGAGAUUGCAGCAGGCGUCUUCUUCACCACUGUCUUUGGUCCCGGCGCGGCGGAAACAGCUCUCAAUGUGCUUGUCCUUCUAAGCGCCUAUGGAAACCUCUUGGCUGUACUUGUUGGCCAGUCGCGGAUGAUUCGCGAAAUUGGCCGACAGGGUGUUUUGCCAUUUACCAACUUUUGGGUUGCAACGAAACCUUUUGGAACUCCAAUCGGUCCGUAUUUACUCAAAUGGGUCAUGACAUUCGUCAUGAUUGCUGCGCCGCCUGCGGGUGAUGCAUUCCAAUUUGUCGUCAGUCUCAAAACAUACCCAGAGGCCAUGUUUGGCCUGGCAAUGACUGUCGGUGUCUUCAUUAUACGACGCCGCAGAAGCCGUAAUAAGUUACCCAGGUCGCAAUUCCGCGUCUGGGACGUGUUGUUGGUGUUUUACAACUUGAUCCAGGUCUACUUGCUGGUCAUGCCCUGGUGGCCGCCAAAAGGAGGACCAUACGCCGGCGAUGUGAGCUUUUGGUACGCUACAUACUGCGUGACUGGUAUUGCUAUCAUGAUUGUAUGUGGACUGUACUAUGUGGCGUGGAUGUAUGUCAUUCCAAAAUGGCGAGGGUAUCGAAUUCGCGCCGAGGUGACCAAGGCCGAGGAUGAUAGUGUUAUUUCGCAUAGGCUUGUCAAGGUUCCACUGGUUGAGGUAGAACAAUGGGAUGCUGAGCAUGACGAGUCAGGCCAGUUGAGACUGAGGCAUGUAACCAUUCGAGAUGAGAAGGGAAGCGGACCUGAAGCAUGA